AUGAGCCAGGCCAGUGGACGGCUGGACUCCAUCACCGUGUGGCGGUCGACGAGGGACUGGGUGUCGGUCGCGGGACAAACACCGGGCGAGUGUCGAGGAAUGUCGAGGAAUGUCGAUUCUGUUGAUGUCGUGAUGCAAAGCGAAUAUGUUCAACGAUUUGCGCCGGAUAUAGCGCCGUGGGUGCGCCGUAUUCGGAACCGGCGGCAGGAAAGACUGAGUCUACCAGCUGCAGCAGUCGUCGCUCGUCAGCAGAGAUGCGCACGAGAGCGCGUAUGGGUCGUCGGGUGGCCGUGGGCUGCGUCGGAUGGUCCGGUCGAUGUCUCGAGACGACAGGAAUUUGGUUGGUGCGACGUCGAUGUUUUGCUUUGCUCACCUGAGCUGUCUGUCGCUCUUUCCCCGAAACAAUGGAAACAGCACACAAUGCCCAUAGGCUGUUGA